AAACUGAGACCAACUGCUCUGGUUUAACGGUUCUUAAUCAGUAGCUCUGGAGAGCUGAAGGCUGCAGAACCGCAACGCUGAGAAUCCAACGACAUGCCUGGAGAAAGGUGGAGGCGGCUGCAGCGCACCUUGUGUCAGUACGUCACUGAUACUCUGACUUACAUGGCAACGGUGAAAGAUUUUUAUGAGAUAUUCUCAGAAUGGAAGGACUGCAGGGAAAUGGAGUAUGUGAAAAUGAUGAGUAUCAAAGAAAUGGCUGAUAAAAUUGACCCCACUUUUGCCAGGUCAGAGGGCAAAUGGCCGUCUUUUUGUAAAUACGUCAAGAGCAGCUUGCAGCUCAAGGCGGAGAGUAAACUGUUAGAUCUGGAAAAGACGCUGGCUGAAGUGCUGGAAGACACGCUGGGAGGUCUGGAGGAACUCAACACUUUCUUGGAUGCAGUGGAGAAGCUGGCGGUCACUUCGCUCCAUGUGUUCACUGAGAACCAGAUCAUCUACCUUCCUGAAAAGAUCAGCUUUGAUGAUGUUCAGGCUGUAAUCAGCUCUGCACAACAAAUCUGUCCUCUCAUCCUGGAGUUCAAAAGAGAUGCAAAGACCUUCUUCCUCCCAAACCUUCACAAUGUGGAGGUUCUGGCAUUCCAGCUGCAGAAUUACAUCGACACCGCCAACAGGAUAUGUGUAAUUCACAGCCAGAGCGUUAACUUUGACAUUUGCAUGGAAAUGGCUGAAGAAAUUGCAGUGAAUUCUGACGACCUGUGUGAAAACGACAUGCAAAAGAUGACAGAUCAGAUUAAACUACUGGACAAAAUCAGGAUGGACGAGGACUUUCGGAUGGAGUUCCUGUUCCAGGAUGUCUCUUCAGCUGGUUUCAUCAGCAUCUUUAAUGAGCAACAACCCAAACUGCUAAAGUUUCUAGACGACGUGGAGCAGUGUGCCGCUCAGCUAGAAAAGAUGAACAAAGGAGCAAAGAUCUCCAGUAUCACAAGCAGCUCAGUGGGAGCCGCUGGUGGCGUCCUCUCCAUUGUUGGUUUGGCCUUAAUCCCAGUCACAGCCGGACUGUCUGUGGGGCUGACCAUCGCCGGUGUGUCGAUGGGGGUAACAAGUGGAGCCAACAGCUUGGUAACCACCUUAACAGAGGUGGGAGUUAAUUCUAGUCAACAGAAAAAAGCAAAUGAAGUCUUUGGAAAGUUCUAUGAGGAUUUCCAAAAGGUCCAGGAUUCUCUUGAUGAGGUGAUGAAACAAGUAAUUAAUCUGGAGCAAAGUAACAUAGAGGUGUUGUUGGGAGUAGUCAGGAGUGCUCAUAAACUAUACACCAUAGGAAAGGGUAUUGAUUCCAUCGUUGAUAGUGCUGAUGUUGGUCAGGCAGCAGUUAAAGGGCCUCUCGCUCUCACCAGGGGAGCCAGAGCUGGCUUCAUUGCACUUAAUGUCCUCUUCCUCGGCAUGGAUAUAUUCUUUAUCGCCAAAGAAAGCCUGACUCUGGCUAAAGGCAGCAAGACUAAAGUCUCAAAGUUCCUCAGAGCCAGAGCUGCAUUGUUCCGCUCGCAGAUAGAGUCAUGGGAGAAGAUCUGCAACUCUUUGUGUCAAAGCAAACUGACCAAAGAAGAAAACAAAAAUAUCCUGCAGAUGGCAUUUCUUCAAGACGACAAAUAAGAAACUAGAUCUGAAGGGAUAAAGAGAACAAAAGUAUGGAUGACAUUGAAAAAAGGUACAUUGUGAACGGCAUAAUGGAGGAGCACUACUCCAUGUUGAAGGUGGAUUGUCAGAAAGAGCAGGAGUUUCUUAAAGAGACAGAAACCUAAUUUCAAGGCGUUGAAUUGUGAAGCUAAAUUCCUUUUCAUAUUUGAUAUAAACAGCAUUUUUAUAACAACUGAAGGUAAUUGGUUGUAUCUUGAUUGUGCUAUAAAACGGCAACUUGUACCUGGGAAAUUCAUAAUUCUGCCUCUUUAAGAAUUUAGUUAAUUCAUUUGCAAAUGAGACUAUUUGAAAUAAUGUAAACAUUUCCAGAUGUGCUUGCAGAAGGAAUUUGAUUAGUUUUUAUUU